CCUGUCUGUCAGAGGCUGUGGUGCUGCAUCUCGUGUUUUCAGUAUCUAAAAUCGCCUUGCAUGGAUACAUCAUGGCUACGUUUGUAUUUAGGGUACAGUUCUUAGAUGAUACUGAUCCAUUCAACAGCACCAAUUUCCCUGAGCCCACCAGACCACCUCUGUACACUUUCAGGGAGGAUAUUCCUCUGAUCAAUCAGAUUGCUGGAGUCCACAGACUGCUUAAAGCGCCACAGAAGCCUGAUGACUGUGCCCUACAGCUGUCCCAUAAUGGAAGCUACCUGGACCUGGAGUCCACCCUGGCAGAGCAGAGAGAUGAACUGGAGGGAUUUCAGGAGGAAGGAGGGAGAGGCAAGAAACACAGCAUUAUUCUUCGAACGCAGCUGUCCGUCAGAGUUCACGCCUGCAUUGAAAAACUCUACAACUCAACUGGACGGGAGCUGCGAAGAGCCCUGUUUUCCCUCAAGCAGAUUUUUCAGGAUGACAAGGACCUGGUGCACGAGUUUGUUGUGGCAGAAGGACUCACGUGUUUGAUAAAAGUGGGAGCUGAAGCCGACCAGAACUACCAGAAUUACAUCCUCAGGGCCCUUGGUCAGAUAAUGCUGUACGUCGAUGGGAUGAACGGCCUCAUAUCUCACAAUGAAACGGUCCAGUGGCUUUACACUCUGGUUGGAUCCAAGUUCCGUCUGGUGGUUAAGACAGCCCUAAAGCUGCUGCUGGUGUUUGUGGAGUACACCGAGUCUAACGCCGCCCUGCUCAUAAAAGCUGUGAACGUGGUGGAUGCCAAAAGAGGCACAAAGCUAUGGUCAAACAUCAUGGAGAUCCUAGAUGAGAAGGACGGUGUGGAUACAGAGCUGCUGGUGUAUGCGAUGACACUCAUCAAUAAGACUCUGGCAGGCCUCCCAGACCAGGACUCGUACUACGACAUGGUAGACUGUCUGGAGGAGCAGGGCAUCGAAGCCAUGGCCCAGAGACACCUGGGCAGGAAAGGCACAGACCUUGACCUCGUAGAGCAGUUCAACAUCUACGAGAUGAUUCUCCGUCAUGAGGAUGGGGACGAUGAAACCCAGUUGCCUCCCAGCGCCCGCAAGGACCGCCGCCGGGCCAGCGUCGGCGGCACCAACGACAGACGCGGCCUGGAGAGAAGACGCAGCCGGAGACAUUCGCUCCAGAAUAGCAGAGGACAUGCUUCUGCUCCAGCAUCACCCAGUAACCUUCAUGCUCAUUCAAGCAGCUUCCUGCCCUUCGGCGGCCAACGCAUUGAAGACAUUAGUGAAAGAGAAGAGGAAGAGGAAGAGGAAGAAGAGGAGGAGGAGGAGGAGGAGGAGGAGGAGGAGGAUGAGGAGGAUGAGGAGAACGAGGAAGAGGCAGAUGAUGAAAGUCAUCCAGUCACUGAGUCUUCUAGACAGGGCACUCACAGUGUGGCUCCUGCUGUAGCAGACACUCCUAGCAUGUGUCUGAACUUAAACUGUAUGGCCAACAUCCUCCCUAAAGCCAGUGACACUGAAGGGCAGAGAAAAUAUCUCAGCGUCAACAACAGGACGUCUUCUCCUGUGUCCAUCGCACCUAAAAAGAGGACCCUUAGUCCUUGUCUGACAGACAUCAACAGCUCUCCUACAUCUAGCUCAGCUAGAAAGCCCUGUUGGGCUGAAAGAAUCAGUGGCAAUGGCACUCCAUACCCUGGCAGGCACCAGGCUCCUACAUCGCCCACUCAGCGCUUCACUGGUUCAGCAACCACCACACCAGACUCCAAGCCGGUUGACAGACCAACGUUAGGGGGUUUGCUGACUUCAUCGUACAGACAGCAUCAGGAGUCUCUGGCUGCAGAAAGAGAAAAGAGACGCCUGGAAAGAGAAGAGCGUCUGCAGCGAAUUGAAAGGGAAGAGAGGAACCGCUUCAAUCGAGAUUAUGUAGACAAGAGGGAGGAAGCGCGACAAGCCCGAGAGGAGAGGUACAAGGCUGUGGAGAGGUUAGCCGCUGAGGAGUUUGAGCGAGAGCGUCCCAGAGUGCCAACAAGAGGCCGGACAGAGAUCACUUUGUGUUUGAGUUCCAACCCUGCCAGUCGCUCGGCAUCCCGCUGCGCCACACCUUCGUCCUUUAUCUCACAGGAAGACGUCACCACCAGUGCACACCAGACGUCAGGAACAGAACAUAUCACAGAGCCAAACCUUGACCCGCAGACUAGGACCAAAAGUCCAGCACCACAGUUAACGGUAUCAGAACCUUCCCACACACCUCCCUCCAAGCCAGAUGAGCAACAGACUGAGACAGAGCCGACUGCAGAGACAGGGGAUGUUUCUGAGACUCAGUCUGACCACAACAUGGAGUCAGACCAGGCGUCUGAUGAACAGUCAAGCACGGGGACAGAAGAGAGGCGAGAGCAGGAGAAGCUUGAGGAGCAGAAACAGAACACAGAUGAGGUAGUGACAGAAGAGCAUGUAGAGGAAGUGGAAGUGGCAGAUAUGGCAGAUGUGAAGGAGCAUGUUGAAUUAGAGGAGGAGCAGACGACGGAAAAGGAUGUAGAAGACAGUGCACUGCUGAGCGAAAAGGAGAGACAGAAUGAGGAGGUGAAUGAAAAGGACAACUGCUCUGCAUCCAGCAUCUCCUCCACGAGUAGCACUCUAGAGAGGGAGGAGCGGGAGGAGAAACUCACCAGUAACAUUGAUGCAGGCCAAUGGACCCAGUGUAUUAAAGACGCAGAUGUGAAUGACCAGUGUAACAAAAUACUCAACAGCAAGCGCUUCAUGCUGGACAUGCUCUACGCUCAGAAGACGACUGACAACGAUGAAGGUAAUGUAGCAGAAACGGAGAAGGAAACAUGUAAAUGUGAGAAGGAGGCAGAGGUCAGCGACUCCUCUGUGGCUAGCUUGGCGAGCAGGAUUUCCACACUGGAGGCUCACAGACAAGCCAAAGAUGAAAAUGUGAAAAAAAUGGAGGUGGGACAUCUGGACAACCAGGGCAGUGUUCGAGCGGUGGCGGAAAAGUUUGGAGAUUUGGUCAAAGGCCUGACAUCUCCCGCUGAGGUCGAAGCAUCAAAAGAGCAGCAGCAGCAACAGACUGACAAAUCAGCAACUGCUGCCUCAUCAACGUUACCACCUAAGAAAGAAUCGGAUUAUAUCUGGGAUCAGCUGAUGGCCACACCCAAGGAGCUGCGGAUUAAAGAAAUGGACUUCACGGACCUGAGGGAAGAAGACGACCUGGACAUUUUAGAUAUGGACAGCGUGAUGGGGUCAGGUGAACUGACACCUCCACCUCCUCCUCCGCCAUGCAGUACUGCCCUGCCGCCACCCCCACCCCUGUUUGGGUGCCCCCCUCCCCCUCCGAUGCUUGGCAAAAUGAUGCCCCCACCCCCACCAUUCAUGGCCCCCAUCCCGCCACCCUCCCCUCAGCUGAAUCGAGGGGAGGUGCCUCUCUUCCAAAAGAAGAAGAAGACCAUUCGUCUCUUCUGGAAUGAGGUGCGUCCCGUGGACUGGCAGUGUAAGAACCAUAAAUUCUUUAAGGAGUCCCUCUGGUCCAAACUGGAGCCAAUUAAACUGGACACAUCCAAGAUGGAGCAGCUGUUUGAGUCCAAAUCCAAGGAGCUGCCUGUCACGAAGAAAGCGGCUGUUGAUGGCAAACGACAGGAAAUCAUAGUGCUGGAUUCAAAACGCAGCAAUGCUAUAAACAUCGGCUUGACUGUCUUACCUCCUCCCCGCACCAUUAAGACUGCUAUCCUCAAUUUUGAUGAGUAUGCACUGAACAAAGAGGGCAUUGAGAAAAUCUUGACAAUGAUCCCCACAGAGGAGGAGAAGCAGAGGAUCCAGGAGGCUCAGCUGGUCAACCCUGAUAUUCCCCUGGGAAGUGCUGAACAGUUCCUUCUCAUUCUUUCCUCCAUCACAGAGCUGUCUGCUCGCCUGCAGCUGUGGGCAUUCAAGAUGGACUACGAGCUUAUUGAGAAGGAAGUGGCAGAGCCUCUGCAGGACCUGAAGGAAGGGAUGGACCAGUUAGAGAAAAACAAGACGCUCCGCUACAUCUUGACCACAUUGCUAGCCAUAGGCAACUUCCUCAAUAGCACAAAUGCUAAAGGCUUUGAGCUGAGUUACUUGGAGAAAGUCCCAGAGGUGAAGGACACAGUUCACAAGCAGUCCUUGCUACACCAUGUCUGUUCCAUCGUGGUUGAGAAGUUUCCAGACAGCACUGACCUCUACUCUGAGAUAGGAGCUAUCACCCGUUUGACCAAGGUGGAUUUCGAUCAGCUUCAAGACAAUUUGGCCCAGAUGGAGCGAAGGUGCAAAGCAUCAUGGGAUCACCUCAAGGUCAUUGCGAAACAUGAGAUGAAACCUGCAUUAAAACAAAAAAUGUCAGACUUCCUUAAAGACUGUGCGGAGAGAAUCAUUAUUCUGAAGAUUGUACAUCGAAGAAUAAUCAACAGGUUUCAUGCCUUUCUGGUGUUCCUGGGCCAUCCAAUAUAUGCGGUACGUGAGGUCAGCAUUCAUCGCUUUAGCAAGAUCCUGAGUGAGUUUGCCCUGGAGUAUCGCACAACAAGAGAGCGUGUGCUACAACAGAAACAGAAGAGGGCCAACCACCGAGAGAGGAACAAGACCAGGGGCAAAAUGAUAACAGAUACUGGUAAAUUUGGUGGUGCCCCAUCAGAAGUACAGGAGAGCCAACCUCAGGGUAUCCAGUAUGCUGAAGAUGCAGCUGAACAUGAGAACAUGAAGGCCGUACUGAAGAGUAGCCUGCAGGGCGGCGAGAGCGGGACGUCCACGGUGCCUGGCCUCCGCACACGCACCAGAGCCAGCAGCACCAGAGGUCGUGUUCCCCCAUGGUGCUCUGCCAAUGACGACCCAGUGAACUGCACAGAUGAUACAGCUGAUGAGAUCAUGGAGAGGAUUGUUAGGUCAGCCACUCAGGGCCCCGGCCAACGGACGCAACCUCGGGAACGGAGACGGUCCCGAGUCAACCGUAAAUCACUGAGAAGGACACUGAAGAACGGACUGACAGCAGAGGAGGCAAAUGCCCUUGGUUUGUCCAGUGGUUCAGAGAUGCAGGUGUGAGCUGGACAUAUAAAAACAUCUGGAAGACCUUUCACUGCCCCUUCUACGCCUACACGCAACCUGGCAACCCAUCCCAAUCUGACUUGGCACUAAAAGCCCCCCCCCCCCCCCCCAGGCUUCGAUGAGUUGGCUUCAUCUUCGUGCAUUUGGUUCGCAUCGGCUUGACACAAGCGCUUCGUGAAGAGAGCGGAUAAAAGGCGGAAUAAGAUUUUGUUCAUGAACUGAAGGGCAGAGACAGCAGAAACUGAGUACUGCAUUCAAACCGCUACGCUUUUCUGUUGCUGGAUAAACAUCCGUAAUCUGCACUCACAAGGCUUCACAAUCAUCCUCUGAACGUGACAUUGCGUACUAACACCCGUUCAAAAGUGUAUUUUUUAAGGCGCAGGGCAUGAGAAGAGUUGGCAGUGCGAAUGCUUCAGCCUCCGUGGCCUUGACAGAAUCUAAAGGGCUAGAAGUGUGGUAUAGACACUAAACUCUCCACUGCAGAGGUUUAGUGUCAGCCCCAAAGCUUUAGUGACAAAUUGAAUUGAAAGAAAUGUCAUCUAUUGAAUAGAUGGCUUUGUGCAGAAGGUUAUUCUGUUAUAUACUACUGUGGUAGUUUUGUGUUUCUUUUCAUUUUCCUCAAGAAGGUGCUCAAAUAAGGAACAAUUGCACUGGAUGUAAAAGUUGGGUAUCAAUGCAAUGUGAAAUCCUUGACACUGAUGAACCACUCUGACAUCUGAAUCUCAAAUAUACUCAACAGUUUUACCAGCAAAUAAACAGUAGCACAGUUUUUAUCGUCUCAUCAAAGCAGGCAGAUAAGAAGGAAUUUAUCUGAGAGACAUUUUUGUAAAGAUCGCAGUCAACAGUUCAGUUAGUAUGGGUAGUAUUUGUGAUACCACUAGUUUCAGACAUCAUGCAAACAUUUUUAGCUUAAAUAAAUGUAGACAAGUUGCAUUAUGUGACCUGUUCUCACAGUUGGAAGUUGUUACGGAAGGCAGGCGCAGUGUUAAAGGUGAGCGACCUUCAUAGAGUUUUAUUUUCUAGAAACUAUGAGCUGCACAUUUCAGAGUGCCUUUCAGAGACAGUUAUUUAUUAAGAUGUUUUCAGGGACAUAUAAUCAAGAAAAUGUUACUACAGAUGUGCAGUCUGUGGAGGGGUGAGGAUGAUAUUGCAAUGUACAUCAUUUACGAGCUGUGAUUUAUUGUUAACCAGUGUUUUAAAAGUUAUCCUGGCAUAUUUUUUUCCAUGUUACAUCUCAGAUUGAAUAGUUUGUUAUGAAGACAGAUUUAAAGUAUUUAUGACAACUUAGGGAUUGGUUAUGCACAUUAGCUGGAUCCUGUUGCCUUACUGUAGAACACAGACAUGCGUUGUUCCACUCAAGUCAAGAUCUAGGCAAAAUAGAAGGGUUAAAAAUAUACCAGUCCACAUUAAUGUGUAGCUCAGCUGGAAUCAUUGGAGAUCUUGUUUGUCAUUCCCAGGACAUGCAGCCAAUAGCUUCACUCUCUAACUAUGAAUGUGAACAUCAGGGGUUACAUAAUCAGUAAUGCACAUAAAAUCUCCAUUAUUUAUCUACUUUAAAACAUGUAAAUCUUAACUAACAUUAAUUAGAAGGAGCCCGCAAUUUUAACUUUGAUUACACAGGUCUGUUUUUGAACUAUUAAAUGCUAGUCAAUAAUUUGGAAUGGCCAGUCGGCUUUUAUCACUGAAAGGUAAAUCUGUCCACAUGCAAUUUUUUUUUUUAAACUGUGAUGGAAACAUAGCCACGGAGAGAAAGAAGAAUCUAGUGCAACACCACAAAGCUACAUAAGACCACACCAGCAGUACGUUUCUGUUUUGUUUAGAAUUUACUGAAACCGAUUCAGCACCUUAGACUUAAUGUGUAGCAUGCAAUUUGGUAGUUAUGGGAGGAAGAGCUCGUUGUGUUUCCCAGAUUGUACUGACUUGCGUCAAAAACAAGACUUACGUGUAAAGUAAUAAGGGGGGAUGCUGUAAAACGAUGUACACGUUAUGACUUUCUUCUGUUUUUUUUUCUCCAUGUGUAGUAUAGUGUAUUAUAGUCUAAAAGCAGUAUUAUUCUAAAUAUAAUUUAAGCAAACCAAGCCAUGCAUGGUUUAAAAAGGUGUCACUUCUGCUUGAUACAAAAGGAGGUUCACUUUGGUUCUCAGAGCUGUAGGAUUUGUGUGCGUGUUAUUAAAGCUUUGCAGCUUGUGUAGUGAACAAACCUGGUGAAACACGCAGCGAUGAAAUUCAACAGCUAGUCCUGUGGAAUCCCUCAGAAGCCUUUGAUUUCAUUGCACUCAACGUUUUUCUUCUUUUAACAUUAGCCCACCACACACUUUUGCUGCCUGUGCCAUAACAACACUGUGGAACUAGGACACAAGUGCUAUACAACUGAGGCUUCUAUUGCAUCAGUGCCCACAGCAAAACUAUGUAACAACUACAAUAAAAAGGCUCUUAAAAAAACAUCUUUUGACAAUUUUUUUUAAUGAUCUUUAAAUUGUGUGCUGCCCUAAAAUCUUCCAGUGAAAAUAAGUGCCACAUCUAACACUUUUUGGGAAGAAAAAGCAAACAAACCAACAAAAAAAAAACUUAAGCCUCUUUAUUUUUCAGUCCACACAACCCAUGUUUCAAGUCACUUUAUGUUCAAGAGCAUAUAGAGGUCGAUGACAAGCUUGCCAAUAGAGCUCAUCUGGUGUUUACAUAUGGCCAUCAGAGAGACCUCAUUUGGUCUUGUUUAAAAUUCCUAUGUGUCCACAGGUGGUAUGGAUCUAAAUGAGAUUAUGGUUUGCUUUUGCAGAGACAUUACAAUGAACAUGACAGCUACCUAUAAAAGGGAAGGAAAGGUUGGAAAUACAAUUGAGCGUCAAAAAAAAAAAAAAGCACAAAAGAUAAAAA